AUGCGUUUCAACAGAAAGCAUCUUACUACAGCUCCAGGGAUGGACACAGCAUGCUCGACCACCAAGAAACUCAAGGUUCUCAUCUUGUUGCUACUCGUCUCUCAUCUGGCCUGUGACGCUCAGGGGGUUGCCAACUGUUGCAAACAGAAAUCCCACUCCUGCCGUCUUUACGUCCUGCUCUGUCGCUCAGGUAAUGGGAUGGGGACAAGGGGACCCCUCACUGAUGACGCAGCCGCUGGAAUCCUCACACUCGGUAAACGGAAAGAAACUGAUGAACAUCGCUUCCAGAACCGGUUGAAUCAGCUACUCCACGGGUCACGGAACCAAGCGGCGGGAAUCUUGACGAUGGGGAAGAGGACCGAAGACACAGCAGAACCGCUCAUGUGCUUUUUUCCAAUUUUAGAGACGACCCCCACUACCACGGCCCAGUUGGUUUUACAACUACCAUUCAAGUGA